UUGGAACAAUGCGACCCAUCACUCUUCCGCUCACAAACAGCGGGUCGUUGAAGAGCAAAUGGAAAACUUCAUUCUGUACGAGGAGCUUGGGGCAGGCCACAACUCAGUUGUCUAUAAAGGAAGAAGGAAGGGCAAUCUCAACUAUGUUGCCAUCAAAUGCACUGACAAAACCAAGAAAUCCGAGAUUACUAACCAUGUACGCCUCACCCAGGAUCUGGAUCAUCCAAAUAUAGCCAACUUCUACGAGUGGUAUGAGACAAGUAACCACCUGUGGUUGGUGGUGGAGCUUUGUACAGGGGGUUCCAUGGAGUCUGUAAUUGCCCAUGAUGGAAGCCUGUCACAAGAUGCGGUACGAAGGUUUGGAUGGCACUUAGUCAAAGGACUGAAACACAUCCAUGAGUUAGGAAUCAUUUUCUCUGACCUGACUCCUGCUAAGAUCCUACUUGAUGGCAGCGGCAUUCUGAAGUUUGGUAACUUCUGUCUGUCUAAGGCAGAGGGAGACACGCUGCAGGAUUUCCUUACCUUGUUCUCUGCAUCCGAGGAGAUAGAGGAAGGAGACAGCAAUCAGAACACUGACAACUUAAAGAAAAGAUUACAAGGUUCUACAGCUUACAGUGCUCCAGAGGUUUUGGAAGGAUCAGAAACUAAUAUGAAGUCUGAUCUCUGGUCUCUUGGUUGUAUAUUAUACUACAUGUACACUGGUACACCCCCCUUCUUCUCUGACAACUACACUGAAUUGAGGGAGAUGAUCUUGAAUAAGGAACCACCACCUCCCAGGCAGACAGUGGUUUCUGCAGGUUCUCCCUGCCAGGAUUUCCAGAGUCUUCUGAAAGGGUUGCUCAACAAAAACCCUGAGAGGAGGAGAGAACACACAUGGUCCUGUUUUGUUGUAGCCCAUCUGCCUGGAAGUUGUAAAUGUUUUGGAUGCUCUUCUGCUCACCCCAGCGUGGUUAUCAGAGCUCUUUUCGGCUUUAAUGUCAGGAUGAACUGGCCACAACUGCUGGCUCACCCUUUCUGGAAACAGAUUAUAAAGGAGGAAGAGGAUGCCGAAAAAGGUGAAGAGAAGAAUGAAGAAAAUGAAGAGGCAGAAAAUGUCUGCAAGGAGGUUGUUUCUUGUAGUUUCAGGCCAUGUGACAGAAGGACUGACAGCCAAAAUUCUGUCAACCACACAUCCUCUGGAGCCUUGAGCCAAAGCCAGACCCUGAAUAGUGAAGUCGGAAGGGAGAGAAGAAGAGAAGGAGAACCUGACGAUGACUCUAAGUUAACUGGGAGUCUGCAAAUGUGCCGCACACUGCAGCCCAAUAAGUCAUUCACACUAGAUAAUGUUUCAGACCUGAAGCCAAAGAGUGGUUUGGAUGAGGACAGCACUGAGGCCAUUUUUCUGCUCAGCUCCCGUGCCAACUCAAUCAGAAACUGCAGUUCAUCUGACUGUCCAAAUCAGAACAUUGCACCUCAGGUUACUCUCACUACCAGUAACUGUACUGACACUACACCCUGUGUGAAGGAUCUUCUCCACACUGAAUUUGAUCUCACUGUCACCCCAGUCCUCGACAACCCCAAGAUUUUGAAGAACACACCUGUGCGAUAUGAUCCUAAAACCCUAUGUGUACCUGCAUAUUCAGGUGAGAAGCUACAGUCUCUGAGUGAUGAAGAGUGGACUGUCUUUCUAUCACAGCUUUGUUCAUCCAUUGAAGAACAGAGCCACUCCACUUCCACGGCCACUCGAUCCAAACUCAACCUCCUGUGCUACCUUGGCUGUGUGGUUGGACAUACAGUUAUCGCUAACAGGCUGAUUAACUCAAGACUGCUUCUAGUUUUGGUCCACCUGUUGCGACAAGCUCCUAACUGGGACAUACGGAGCAAGGUUCUCAGAGUGAUGGGACUACUGGCUCUGCACUGUAGUGACCUUGGAUUGGACAGUCCUGUUUCUGAGGCUGUGUCCACACUAACAGACCUGCUGAGGGAUAAUCUAAGGAACAGUAAAAUAAAACGGCUCCUGCUGCCACCACUCGCGGAGUUCCUCUACCUCAUCUCCUCUCAGGAGAAGAAGAGAGGCUCCCCAGAGGGACUGUGGUUCGUUCCCGCUGCCGCCUACACUGGCUUAAUGAGGAGCCUGCGGGAAGGGGAUGACACUACAGUUCAUCAUAUGGCAGCAAAAGCAAUAGAGAACAUAUCAACAGUGCUGUCUGGUCCCUCCCAUCACCUGGUCACCACAGAGAUAGGCGCCGCCCUGUGGUACCUGUUCACUCACUCCACUGUGGAGGCUGUCAGAGUCACUGCUAUUUCUUCUCUUUCUAGGCUAACCCGGGUGGUCCCAGCAAUCUUCCUAUCAGUAAUUGACACCUGUGGUCCAGCAGCCAUCUUGGAGGGCAUAGGGGGUUCAGGAGCCCGGGUCCAGCAGCACCUGCUCACUGCUGUGGCCGCUGCCUUGCUCACCUCAUGCACUCAAACACACCGUGUAACACAGAACAGGGAUUUGGUUUUGAAAGUGCUGCGUUGUCUAGAGAGUCCGUCUACGAUAACAAGAGCCAAAGCAUUACUACUGCUUCUUCUGCUCAUACAAGACAACAGACACACACUGCUUUACUGCUGUCAAAACAGACUUGUGAUAUACCUGGAGAGAGACCUCCGCAAAGCCACUCCUCUCAGAGAGAACCCCAGCCAAUCAGGAUACUUGUCUCAGUGUCUCAAUUUACUGAUUGCAUAUCUGAGCAGCACCGCACCAGUGAUAAUGGAGGAUGUUCUGUGUACCCUCAGAGGAGUGAUUGGGAGAAGACACCCAACUACUGCUCAAAGUAAACAACUCAAACAAACUUUGCCUACUUUGUCCAUAGUGCUGGACCUUGUUUCAUCCCAGGUCUUUAGAUCUCACAUUGUAGCAGGACAGUUUCUGGCUCAAAUUGGGUUGCUGUUGAACUUCAUUGCCUCAGUAGAGUCCAAUGAAACAAAUCUGGCUAGUGCUAUGGCUACAGCAAUAUGUGAAGAUUUAAUCAGAACAUCUCUGUCCAUCGUGGAAGUACUGAGCCAGCACCAUGCACUCAUCAGUCCAUAUCAUAGUGAUGUCGUGGAUGCCAUCCUGCCUCCUCUGACAACAAUGGCUUUCAGCAAAAAUGUGGAGUGGUCUGUGUUUGUUUUGAGGGUGUUGUCUGAACUCAGUCUAAUCCUGCUGGUCCAAGAUGGUGUUGAUACUGAGGUAAAAGAGGAAAGGACAGAGGAAAAUAAAGAGAGAAAUGAGAAGGAAGGACAGGCGGCAGAGGAAAGAGGGGAUGGACUCUCGUGUAUCACUGAAUCUCUCCUUUCAAGGUACGAGACUCUACUACGAGCACCGGAGCCUAUACCCCUCCAUGCACUCAAACUGUUGGUAUCAAUGACUGAACACAACAGUCAAAUCUGCAGGUUGAUCAAACGUAGUAGGAUCCUACCAAUGGUCUUUCAGCUCAUUAUGGCCAAUAGAAGUAACGUUAUCAGUGGGAUAGUCCAAAACGCAGUUGUUUUGCUCUGCAAUCUUAGUGAGGGCACAAUCCAGGAUCAGCAACCACUGUAUCAACAAGGGCUUAUUGAGGUGGUGGUUUGCACCUUCUCAGAAGCUGCGCUUGCUCAUCUAGAUAGAGAGGAGCAUGCUGGAAGGAAGGUCGGCCACGUUGUGCUACAAGCUCUGUUGGAACUGCUUCACAACGUCCUUAAGCAAACAUCAGUUGUUGUCCGCUCUGCCCUGCAGAGCCAGAGGCUAUCUUGUCCAGCAGCAGAGACGGAGGCAGCAGAGAAGCUGCUCCGAGCCAACAGACCCCUGAGCCAACUCAACACACACCUCAUUCACAUGCUGUCUGCUGAGAACCAGGAAAUCUGGGAGGAGUCUGUUCAUUGUCUGUCACUGCUGGUCCAACUUUACUGUGGAGAGGGUCCUGACUGCCUGUCGCCUUCCUGCUUACGAAGCUUCUCGCAUGUGCUGCGCACUCGCAUGCACACUGAGACCCCCCGAACACAACGUACAGCUCUUAAAAUUAUUAAACGACUAGUUCAGGCUACGGACAGGUCAGAUUGGAGCGAAUGUCCUGAGGGGGCGGAGCUAAUGAGUCUACUGCACGAUAUGACUACAUCCAACAGGUAUCACACUGAUGUCACUGGCCUGGCUGCUGAUAUCCUUCAAGAGAUCUCUGAAUCCUAAAAGCUUUCAGAGCAUUCAGCCAUGCCUCCAUAUGACUGUCAUCAUUUCAAAUUGGAUCAGUGGCAGUAACAAAUAUUAGUGUGUCACUAAAAUGUCUUGAGAGGGCAAUCAAAA